UGAUGCCAGGAACCUGGCACAGCACCACACUGCUGGGGAACUGGCUGAGUUCUGACCCUAUUGCACCAGCAUAAAGACUCCAUAUUGUAAACUAUAAAACCGUAUUCCUUAGAGACCUACUAAUUGCUUGGUUUGGCAUAUAUGUGGCCACACUCUUCUACAUUUCGAAGCCCCCAAGAUGGCGAUGCUAGCAGAGCCCCGUAGAAAGCAGAAGUGGUCAGUGGAUCCCCGGAACAGUGCCUGGAGCAAAGAUGAGUCCAAGUUUGGACAGAAGAUGCUGGAAAAAAUGGGAUGGUCCAAAGGAAAGGGCCUAGGGGCUCAUGAGCAGGGGGCGACUGAAAACAUCAAGGUUCAGAUGAAGAAUAACAGUCUGGGACUGGGAACAUCUGUCAAACAUGAAGACAACUGGAUUGCUCAUCAGGAUGAUUUUAACCAACUUCUUGCAGACCUGAACAACUGCCACGGGCAAAAUGAAUCUCCACCCCCUGAGAAAGAGAGCUUCAGUCUGGAGGAGAAAUCUAAGUCUUCAAGAAAGCGAGUCCACUACAUGAAAUUCACUAAAGGAAAGGACCUGUCUAACCGAAGUGAGACUGACCUGGCCUGCAUCUUUGGAAGGAGGCAGAAAAGGUGUAGAGAUCUGGAAGAGGACAGCAGCAGUGCAGAUUCCCAGGGAGAAGUAGAGGGGGAGGUGAAAGAACGAAAACCCAACAUUACCGCAGACUUGGAUUCAGAGAACACAAACACUGUGACCAGCACACUGACCAUGCAGGAGUACUUUGCCCAGAGACUGGCACAGCGGAAACAGAACCAGAGUGAAACACAGCCAGAAUCGGCCAGCAGCAGCUCCUCAGCUGGUCUGCCAGAGACUUCUGAAGUGAUAAAAGUUAAAUCCAAGAAAAAGAAAGGUAGUAAAAGAGAAUACUCUGAAUUGGAGCAGCAGGACUGUGAUGACAUAGCGAUGACAGAAAAUGGUGUGGAGCAGGAUGGGAACAGUGCAGACGAUGACAGCCACGCAGCCAAAAAGAAAAAGAAAUCAAAACGCAGAGAGAUCCCUGCAGAAGAGGUAAAUGGACAGGAAGAGAAAGAAUAUGACAUGGAGGAUCUCGUGAUGCAUGAUAGGAAAGAGAAGAAAAAAAAUAAGAAAAAGAGGGAGGAAGAAGCGGUGAUAGCAGAGGACGAAGGAGACAAUCCCGUACCACCAGCCAAAAAAAAGAAAUCCAAAAAAGAGAAGAAAAAGAAGAGAGCACAUUCAGAUUAAGAUUUUCUUAAAUGAAUCAGAAGGGUAGAAUUUGUCACUGGGAUAACAUGUUUUACCCUUUUUGUUCUGGGUCUCUCUGAUUUGUAUUGAGUGUUAACCCAGAUUACAACUAAAGAUGAAGCUGUAACUGUGGAAAAGGUGAAUCUACAAAUACAUUUGUUUCACCAAUUAAGGCCGCUACACACCAGACAAGAUACUUUUGCAGCGACAUGACCAUAGACACCUGAAGCGACACAGACAUGAUGUGACAGAUUGUAAAACUGACAGAUCUAUAAAAAAUUGCUAUUGACAAAUCUGUGAUUGACCUGGUACAUUUUCGUCAACAUGAUGUGUCCUCUCUGACAGCAGUUCAAAUGAUAUGGCAAUAAAUCAUACAUAACAGACUUACCAGUUCUUUCGAAAUGGACGCCCAUAUAUUAUCUUUUAUCUCCAUGUCUUUAUCAUUGUGAUGAUCUUUGUCGUAAAGCUCUGGGUAUUUUUCAAUGGCAAGUAUUAUUUAUUCCUCCAUUUUGGAUACUGCUUCACCCUGGUGGACACCAGGCUGUUCUCGGAUUGGUCAAUUCCCUAAAAAUCGUAAAGAAUAGGAUCCAGUCCCUAGUGUAACCCCCGCAUUGCAUGUUGUGUGAAAGACACUUAAGUACUGUCUUGCUGAGCAAAAUAUUUAAACAAAAAAUGUCAUUCUUACUUUAACAGGUUCAGGAAUGAAAUGUCAUCAAUAGUGAGAGUUCAACUGACUUUUUAAAAAAAUAAUUAAUUCAGUGUAUUUAAUUGAAUGUGAAAUAAUUUUUAGGUGUGUAUGAAAUGUGUAACAUUAUCAACAGCAGACAUGAACACAAUGUGAAACACUGAAAUAGUCUUUCACCAUAAAAUUGAACGGUGUUGUUUUAAUUGAUCUAUUGGAAUAUGUCAGACAGUUAAUAUUCAGUAUUUUGUAGAAUAUGAAGUUUUUUGAAUGAUGGUAUCCAUAUAGGCUAUAAAAACUGAUUUGGUAAAAGAUUUGAGCAGAGAUUUGCACAAUUUACAUUCUGAAUUAUGUACAGAAACUUCAUGCUGAAAUGUAUUGGGCCUCUAUUUGUAUUAUCACUUGAAAACCUAAGUUCAUUUCCUAUCAAAACAAUAAAUGCAUUGAAACCA